UCCCCCCGCCCCGCGCCUCUCCCCGUCUUCCAGGAGCGGAUUCCCUUCCUCUUCCAUCAUCUAGGGAUCCCCUUCUGCCAGGGAGCUGAGCUGCUCCAAUUAAGAGAGAGAGGCGGGCUGGCAGCUUUUGUCCUUCGCUGGCGAAGGGAGCGCGAAGGGAGCGCCAGCCAGGGCGGUGUCAGGCGGACACCCCCCACCCCAAUCCACCCUCCCAGGAGCUAUAUUGUUUGUGUAUUUAUAGAAGGGGUCUUUUUGGACCCAGAGGGAGGAGGAGAGAGGUGCAGUUAUCCAGGAACCAGGAGAAGAGGCAGGUGCGCCUUAGUCUCUCCUUCCAAAAAGGACGAAGAGAGAUGGAGCAGCUCGCUUUUUCUUCUUCUCCUCCGGGUGAAUGCUGAUUCCCAAAUUCUGAGCCAUGCUGGGUCCAGGAGCACGGUCAGCGAGCCCAGCCCUUUCGCCGAGAUAGCCAUGAACAGCUGCAAAUACAACGGCGGCGUCAUCCGGCCCCUCAGCAGCCUGAGUUCCUCCCGCCACAACCUCCACGACCUAGACGCCGAGACCCAGCCCCUGCAGACCUUCCACGACUCCGGCCUGGAGGUGGUGGUCUCCAAGUCUGAGCGCAGCAAGGGGUCGGACCCCCACCUGGACAACGACCCCGAGGCCGAGGAGAGGCCACGCAGCCACAAGAAGAACCAGAACAUCGGCUACCGGCUGGGCCACCGGAGGGCGCUGUUCGAGAAGAGGAAGCGGCUGAGCGACUACGCCCUGAUCUUUGGGAUGUUUGGGAUCGUGGUCAUGGUGACGGAGACGGAGCUGUCGUGGGGGGUCUACACCAAGGAGUCUUCAUAUUCAUUCGCCCUCAAAUGCCUCAUCAGCCUGUCCACAAUGAUCCUUCUGGGGCUUAUCAUCAUGUACCACGCGAGAGAGAUCCAGCUGUUCAUGGUGGACAACGGAGCGGACGACUGGCGCAUCGCCAUGACCUACGAGCGCAUCUUCUUCAUCACCUUGGAGCUCCUGGUCUGCGCCAUCCAUCCCAUCCCGGGCCAGUACUUCUUCACGUGGACGACCCGCCUGGCGUUCACGUACGCCACCUCGGAGGCCAACACCGACGUGGACAUAAUCCUCUCCAUCCCAAUGUUCCUCCGACUCUACCUGAUCGGGCGGGUCAUGCUCCUCCAUAGCAAGCUCUUCACCGACGCCUCUUCACGGAGCAUCGGGGCCCUCAACAAGAUCAACUUCAACACCCGCUUCGUCAUGAAGACCCUCAUGACCAUCUGCCCCGGGACGGUCCUCCUGGUCUUCAGCAUCUCCUCCUGGAUUAUCGCCGCCUGGACGGUCCGUGUGUGCGAGAGAUACCAUGACAAGCAAGACGUGACCAGCAAUUUCCUGGGGGCCAUGUGGCUGAUCUCCAUAACCUUCCUCUCCAUCGGCUACGGGGACAUGGUCCCACACACUUACUGCGGGAAAGGAGUCUGCCUGCUCACUGGGAUUAUGGGUGCGGGCUGUACAGCUCUCGUGGUUGCCGUGGUCGCCCGAAAGCUCGAACUGACCAAAGCGGAAAAGCACGUCCACAACUUCAUGAUGGAUACACAGCUAUCAAAGCGGGUGAAGAAUUCUGCCGCCAACGUACUCAGGGAAACGUGGCUGAUCUACAAGCACACCAAGCUGGUGAGGAAGAUUGACCAUGCCAAAGUACGGAAACACCAGCGUAAGUUCCUCCAAGCCAUCCAUCAAUUGAGGAGCGUGAAAAUGGAACAGAGGAAGCUCAACGACCAGGCAAACACCCUGGUGGAUUUGUCAAAGACGCAGAACGUCAUGUACGACAUGGUGUCCGAGCUGCAGGAGCGCAACGAGGACCUUGAGAAGCGCAUCAGCGCCCUGGAGGGAAAGAUCGACAUGCUGGGCCUGACUCUGCAUGCGCUCCCCAGCCUCGUCAGCCAAGCCAUACGCCAGCAGCAGCGGGCCCUGCCCCGCACCUGCGGCACCUCCAACAGCUCCGAACGCUCCUGCUGGACUCCCACCCGCCGGCGGAAGUCUCCCUCCACUGCCCCUCACACAUCCUCGGACAGCGGGUGAUUCGGGGGGGCGGGCUCGCACACCGGGGGCACCCAUGGACUCAUAUAUGGCCAUUGUGUGGCCGAUUCCCCUCUGAGCUUUUUUCUGGAAAGCCCUGUACACAGACCUCCCCAAGUCCGCUGAGAUGGGCCCGUGCCGCGGAAGACUCGUCGGGCACAGAAAACGGAUUCCGAACCCGGUUCCAAUGUAACAUUAUGCAAAGCUGGGGAUGUUUCUUUUGUUUGUUUGUAUGAGGAGAGGGUGGGAGCAGGGCUUUCUUUUCCUCAGCCGGAAUUCGCUGGAACUCAGUUCCGGCACCUCUCAGGCGGACGCCAUUGCCAUUCUAAGAAAACAAAGGGAGGCGUUCAUGGUGAGUGCUGGCACCUCUUUUUCUUGAAAAAUAGCACUGGGUGGGAGGGGAAUCCCAUGUAGAAAUUGCUCAAAUUCACAACAAUCCCCUUUUUAAAAAAAGAAUCACUUUUCUCCCUACCAACGUCAGCCGUUUGGUCCUUAGCCAUGCCCUCCACGGGAGCCAUCUUGUUCCACGGUCUCAACAUUCAGCCUGGCAAGGGGUGAGACUAGAUGGGCCUUUGGUUCCCUUCCAACAGUACGGUUCUAUCGUCCUGUGAUUCCAAAUAGGGACCUCUUAGGCGACAGUCUCCCACUCCACUCGCUCGUUUGCCUUUUCUCUUCCCAAACUGGAGAGAAAUGCAGGCAAAUGCCCAUUUCUCAUAAAACUAUAUAUGGAUUUAACAUGUUUUGGAGCCAUACAUAAGUGCAAGGGGGUCUGAGGCAGUUGGGACCAGUGGCACAUGUGUGCUUUUUUUUUUGCUCUCCUUCCAAAUCCCGUUCUGUUUCCUGGAAGAAAGAAUAAGACCUGUUUUAAAGCAGGAGCAGAGACCUCAUCCCAAGGGCCCCAUUUGCUGCUGGUAGGGCUUCCGGGGGCCACAUGCCACUGUUGGGUGAGGCCAGGGGAGGAGUGAGUGGAUAGAGCAAUUGAUGCAAAGUUUACUUUUAUGCAAUUUGCUGGUUUCUACGCACACUACAUCCAGACAUGCAAGGGGCAUCAUCAAAAUUAAAGGAUGUAUCCUGGGCAGACAAAAACACUCAAGCAAGGUGCAGAACGAGGGUCAAUGAGGGGAGAGUUCCAGGGGCCAAAUGGAGAGGCUUGGAGGGCCACAUCCAUCCCCUGGACCAGAGGUUCUCCACCCCCUGUUAUAAAGAAAUAAAUAUUGUGGGCUGUAUCUAAUGUUAAUCCAGCUCAGAGUAAACUCACUGAAAUUAAUGAGCAAUGAGCAAGCCCAUUCGCUUCAAGAGGUCUAGAUAGUUGGAGCCAACCCAGGGGUGCAGCAUGGAGGUGCAUUUGCCCCAGGCGCACAAUUUUUGAGGGGGCACAAACGAGGCACCCCCAUGCAGGCAGUGUGGCCUGGCCCAGCACUCCUCUGUGCCUGCCAUGGGCUGUGUCAUCUGGCUGGGCUCCCCACUGCAUGGGCAGGCAGGCGGCUCAGUGUGACCCGGGCACUGGCAACUGCCACUACGCCACUGAGAUGUCCCACCAGGCACCUAUUGGCUAGUGCCUGUAACAUCAAUAGUGGCACACAAUUCCUAACCUGAUCCCCACAUCCGCACAAUAGCAGGUUUGUUAACAGCUUUUAAAGGGUUCUUUUAUUAUUACUUAAUUAUUAUUU